AAAGAGAAUAAAAAUCGGAACUGUUUCAAAUAGCAGGUGGGGAGACCGGAGACGGCUACUUUGACAGAAGUCCGGCUCCGGCAACCCGACCUGAGAGCGGUUGUUAGCUGCAAUAGAAUACAUAGGCUGAACUGAAUAUAGCUAAGAUAUUAUUUCCCAAUAUCACGCAUACACUGCAAGCAUUGUUCUUUUCCUUUUUUGGUGAAACUUUCAGUCUGGGUAGGGGGCUUCCGUGAGAAGAGACCCGAGUGUGUGGUGGAAUGCCACCGUUGACGGGGGCGAGGGUGGCCAGUAGUCUGUAGUUCGAGAGAGAGAGAGAGAGAGGCAAAGGAAUGGGUGAUCAUAUCUCUACGUACAAGGACUAUGUAGCAGGUAUGGCUGCCGGAGUAGCUACUGUUAUCAUUGGUCAUCCCUUCGACACCGUCAAGGUGAAACUUCAAAAGCACAAUACGGAAGCACAUGGAGUGAAGUAUAGGAGUGCAUUGCAUUGUACAACUAGGAUUCUGAAGAAUGAAGGGCAAACCAAAAAAUCACUUCAGGGAGAACUGAAUAGCAGUAAGCCACAACUUCGGUUUAUCAUUCCUUCAGCAGCUUAUGGCGGAGCUAUAAUCAGCUUAGUACUAUGUUCAUCAGAGCUGGUAAAAUGUAGGAUGCAAGUUCAAGGGACUGAUUCACUGGUUGGUAAAUGUGACAAAUAUAGUAGUCCUCUUGAUUGUGCUGUUAAAACAAUAAAGAGUGAGGGGUACUGGUCCGUGGUUCUACCCUUUGAUGUGGCAAAGACUGUUAUUCAGACUGCACCCGAUUCAACUUCUAGUAGAAAUCCAUUUCGCAUACUGAGCUCGAUAUACAGGAUGAAGGGAAUUAAAGGUUGCUACACUGGCAUUGGUCCCACAUUAGUAAGAGCAUUUCCUGCAAAUGCUGCUGCAAUUGUUGCAUGGGAGCUCACUGCCAAACUUUUAGGGAUUAGGUGCGAUUGAAGGCUUAUUUGUUGAUAGUGACUUCCAUUAUGCUCCUGUCCUCAUCCUAAUAGCAAGCAUGCACUCCUCCAAUGGCAAAUCAUGAUUGAACCAUGUUGGAGGCUGCUUUAAGUGAUUUCAAAGAUUUACAGUAUCCUUUCAGAACUGACUUGGCAUCAAGAACAAGAACUUAAUCUGUUAUCCAAUUCUACCGAUCAGAUAGAAGAAUCUCCCCAUUAUCCUUCUGAAACAAAGGGGGUUUGAAUUUGUUUCAAGUACAGGCAAUCGAUCAUUCAAGUGGCAUGGCAAUUUUGUUUUCGUGAGUUUUGUUCUUGUUUGAUGCAAUAUUUAGUUAUUGUGUUGAACUACCAUGAAUUUGUUCAUGUUUUAUUAGAUAAUUCAUAAAUCAUAAUUGCUAGUGAGGAUUAUUUGAUUUUAAA